AUGACAGGCUUCUUCGACGUCAGUGCCGGCGUCGGCACUCAGGCAGGGAAAGGAAGCACCGACGGCAUGCGAACUGGCGGAGGGAAGCGGACAGACGAACUUGGUGAGACCUUCAACGCCGAAGGCGUCCUGGAUCCAACAAAGCUGGAUCCCAUCCAGGCUGCCAUGUACGUGGCCCAGAUGUACGACAAGAAGCAGAGAAAUCAGGAGGAGGAGAAAGAGGAGGAGCUCUCCUCUGACAGCGAGGAAGGAAGCGGCAGCUCUGAGGGAGAGGGAGAUGACAAAGCCAAGGAUGCGUCAAAGUCACAGGCACGGGCAGCCUCGUCCGGCAAGACGUUGUAUCCACCAGGCCUCUACGAGAAGAUGAAGAAGUUCUACUCCUUGCAUGACCCGACGAAGCUGUCCACCAUCGGCCCGGGGAACUCUUCGGUCGAUGAAGAGGCACUGGAUGCUGAGCUCAAGAGCAAGUUCGGCGUGGGGUUGGAUUCCAUCCAGUAG